AUGGCAGCGACUGGACGAUUCACUGCCUUCUGGAAUGUCGCGAGCGUGCCCGCCUUGAUUGGCAUUCUCCCCCUUGCUGGAUCUCAUUUAAGAGCUGUCCUUUGCCCUGUCUGUAUCUGGCGUCACUCGAAGGCCGUUUGUGCACCAGACACUUUGCAAGCCAUGCGCGCCUUCACCCGUGUAACGGCCAUCUCCCUGGCCGGUUUCUCCUGCUUCGCUGCUGCGGCGGCUGCGGCUUUUGAGAGCCUGCGAGCUGUCCCUGACGGCUGGAUCUACGAGAGCACCCCCGACCCUAACCAACCGCUGCGUCUACGCAUCGCGCUGAAACAGCACAAUGUCGCCGGCUUCGAGCAGGCACUGCUGGAUAUGUCCACACCCGGUCACUCCAGCUACGGGCAGCAUUUCGGCUCCUACCACGAGAUGAAGCAGCUGCUUCUCCCUACCGAGGAGGCGUCCUCCUCGGUGCGAGACUGGCUCUCGGCGGCGGGCGUUGAGUUCGAACAGGACGCCGACUGGAUCAACUUCCGCACGACCGUCGACCAGGCUAACGCCCUCCUCGACGCCGAUUUCCUCUGGUACACAACGACCGGCUCGACGGGCAACCCGACGCGGAUCCUCCGAACCCUCUCCUACAGCGUUCCCAGCGAGCUCGCUGGAUACGUCAACAUGAUCCAGCCGACUACGCGUUUCGGCGGCACGCAUGCCAACCGGGCCACCGUUCGCGCGAAGCCGAUCUUCCUCGAGACCAACCGGCAGCUCAUCAACGCCAUCUCCUCUGGCUCGCUCGAGCACUGCGAGAAGGCCAUCACCCCAUCGUGCCUGGCGGAUCUGUACAACACUGAAGGGUACAAGGCGUCCAACCGCAGCGGGAGCAAGGUGGCCUUUGCCUCCUUCCUCGAAGAGUACGCGCGCUACGACGAUCUCGCCGAGUUCGAGGAGACCUACGCUCCCUAUGCGAUCGGGCAGAACUUCUCGGUUAUCUCCAUCAACGGCGGCCUCAACGACCAGGACUCCACGGCCGACAGCGGCGAGGCGAACCUCGACCUGCAGUACAUCAUCGGCGUCUCGUCGCCGCUACCUGUGACCGAGUUCACAACCGGUGGCCGCGGCAAGCUCAUUCCUGACCUCUCCUCCCCCGACCCGAAUGACAACACCAACGAGCCUUUCCUUGACUUCCUUGAGGCCGUCCUCAAGCUCGAUCAGAAAGACCUGCCCCAGGUCAUCUCGACCUCCUACGGCGAGGACGAGCAGACAAUCCCUGAGCCGUACGCCCGCUCCGUCUGCAACCUGUACGCUCAGCUCGGUUCCCGCGGCGUGUCUGUGCUCUUCUCCUCGGGUGACUCUGGCGUCGGCGCCGCCUGCCAGACCAACGAUGGCAAAAACACGACGCACUUCCCGCCGCAGUUCCCGGCCUCUUGCCCCUGGGUGACCGCCGUCGGCGGCACGAACGGCACAGCGCCCGAAUCCGGUGUAUACUUCUCCAGCGGCGGGUUCUCCGACUACUGGGCGCGCCCGGCGUACCAGAACGCCGCGGUUGAGUCAUACCUGCGCAAACUCGGUAGCACACAGGCGCAGUACUUCAACCGCAGCGGACGCGCCUUCCCGGACGUCGCAGCGCAGGCGCAGAACUUCGCUGUCGUCGACAAGGGCCGUGUCGGUCUCUUCGACGGAACGAGCUGCAGUUCGCCUGUAUUUGCGGGCAUCGUGGCGUUGCUCAACGACGUGCGUCUGAAGGCAGGCCUGCCCGUGCUGGGAUUCCUCAACCCUUGGCUCUACCAGGAUGGCCUGAACGGGCUCAACGAUAUCGUGGAUGGAGGGAGCACCGGCUGCGACGGGAACAACCGGUUUAACGGAUCGCCAAAUGGGAGCCCCGUAAUCCCGUAUGCGGGUUGGAACGCGACGGAGGGGUGGGAUCCUGUGACGGGGCUGGGAACGCCGGAUUUCGCGAAGCUGAAAGCGCUCGUGCUUGAUGCUUAG